UGCUCGUUGCGCGCCGGAAAAGAAUGAAUUGUGGCCAACAGAACGGCGUCGACGUCAGCAGCGGGCAGAUUGGGACGGCAGCAGACUUUCUUCUUUUGAACUCUUCUUUAAAGCUUGCUCUACGGAAGCGCUGCGCCUCAGUUGUGAAUAUGCACGCGUCGCGCUAAGAUCGUCUCCAACGAAGCUCGAGUUCAGUGCCUGAGAAUUUUGAAUUCUGAUGACUUACAAGUGAAAAGUGUUGUGGAUGCGCCGAGCGGAAAAGUGUUCUUUUUCUGUUGAACUGGUCAUUAAAAAGAGUUUUAUGGUGGCAAGAAGUACCACUGCAAUAACAACAACAACAAUAACGUUAGUCAAACGAAGAAGCAACAAGUAAAGAACAGUGCAUUGCGAGGCAAUUGUAGGCCUGGCUGAGUUUGCGGUUUGCUUAGAAGUGCUAAACUUUUAUUCGUGCAUUCGUGAGUCUGUGUGUGUACGUGCGUGAGUGCGGUUAUGUUAAUGUGCAACACAACGCACAUAAAAAGUGCAACUUAGUGUGCAGUGUGCAGCGGCAACAAAUUGCCGAGGAAAGAUAAUUGCUUUAUGUGGCAUGCCAGCAAUAAUUGUGACAGACAAAGUGAAAUUAUUUCCAUUUGAAGGCAUAAAUCGUAAUUAAACAGCAGCCAAGCCAAGCCGAGCCACCCACAUAAAUUUGCGACAGCAAUUACACAUAACAACAGUGAUAAAAACCAAAGAAAAGACACGUCAUUGUCAAUUCAAUACACAAUUCAACGUACGACAAACAGCGCAUGCGCAGUUCAGCGGCCUCGCCGAACGCAGUACACACCACGCACAGCCCACUGGGCACCGGCAAUCCGACGAUCCAGCCGAAAGCGGCUGCGCAGCGCAGCCUUUGCACGCACUAAACCAACGUCGAGCGCCAAGAGUUGAGACCACGACGCCGAUAAGCUCACCCGGUGACACAGAUUCUACGCGUUUGUUUUGAUCGGUUGCUUCGAGGGGGGGCGAGAGCGGCGAACGACACGCUCAAGGCAUACCGCACCUUCGCAUCGGCCAACGCGUGCCGGCCGGCAACUGUUGCUGCUGCUGAUUUCUAUCAUCGCUUCUUCGAUUCUCGCUUUUUUUCGAAAUCGUUUGUUCGAAAAUGUUGUGGCGUUCCAUUGGCGCGGCGCUGUUGACGCUGCUGUGCCUUUGGCCUGCUCAGUUGGACGCUUUUGUGGCGCAGUCAAUGGGCUGUCAUCACAAUGGCACUUGGUAUGCGGACAGAUCACUCGUGCCCAGCGUGGAGAAGUGUCUCACCUGCCAGUGCCAGCGCAAGACACUCGUCUGCCGCCUGAAGGUAUGUCCCGAAAUGCCGAUGCCACCGCCCCGCGGUUGCAUUGUGGUGCAGCAGCGGAACGCCUGCUGUCCGUAUCUGUCGUGCGCGCGUCUGGAUGCCUUCUACAAGAUACCGGCGACGCGUCGCAUUAUCGCUUACUUGGAUCACUACGAACGGGAGUCAAUUGAUCGCGUCGUAAACGAUAAUAUGCUGCAACGGCGCUCCGACGACUCUGAGGUGGAUAUGUACGUUUGCGUGAAGAACGGCACCGUGUACAAAUCCGGUUCGGCAAUGUCAUCAUCAAAUCUCUGCACCUACUGCUAUUGCAUUGGUGGCACCGAGAAAUGCGUCAAACCGAAAUGUAUGCUGCCGGUCGAGGGCUGUAAGCCUAUCUUUGUCGACUCCACCUGCUGUCCCGUGCGCUACGACUGCACAAGCAAGCCGUCUGGCAAGUCGUCGCAGGAGGUGCGCUAUCGCAAGACCUCGAACAAGCAUUACCUACGCAUGUCGCAGCGUCUACAGCGCAAUCGCGGCUGCACCGUGAACAAACAGUUCUACGUGGAGGGACAGAAAAUGCGCUCCGAUCCGGAUAAGCCGUGUGACAUUUGUUUCUGCAUACGUGGCACGCGCCGUUGUGCGCCGAAGAAAUGCUCACCGGCGCUGAAGAACUGCAUUCCGGUGGUCCCGAAAGGCCAGUGCUGUCCAUCCAGCUACGAUUGUGGCAGUCAGCGUGCGCAGAGCUCACGUCAAUUCAAUUUAUUUUCAUUGUUGUUCGGCAAAGAGGAUGAGGUUAAUGGCAAUGACACCAAGAAAAUACCGGCGGAGUAUCCGCCAGACAGACAUCCGUCGGUGACAGUGACACACAACCAAAAUAUACUGGAGAAGAACGACGAAAAAAGCAUUUUGGACACAAUACGCGAGGGUUUGGAAAUUAUCGACGGGAACAAUGAUGAAGUCAUUGCGCAAAAUAUAGACAAAUUGGCGGCUCCAACGAAGGUCGUGACUGAGUCUCAGAUAAGCACACAAUCGACGGCGCCGGAAAACGCUGCCACUGAGGUGAGUUUCUUAGACUUGUUGUUGGGCAAUGACGAGGAUGAAUUGCCUACAAGAGUGACCGAAGAGGUUACGCCAGAAUUGAAAACAACCACGGGUUAUGAUGGGCUCUCAUGGGUGGAUAUUUUGUUGGGUCCUGAUGAGGAUGAGCAGAAGCAAACAAGCACAACCGCAGGUGACAGAAUGGGCAUCUCCGAGACCACGACAAAUUAUCGGAAUAGCCUUAGUGGCACAAGUAUAGAUCGCAUCGACCAAGACUUUGAUGACUAUUCAGGCAGCGGUGAGAUUAUAGUGGGCGAAUCGCAAUCUGGUGAGUCGAGUGAAGGUCCACUUGAAGAAUAUGCUGCUCUUCAUAAACAUGGCAUUAACAAAGAGGCACUAGCCACACUACAAAAACCGACUUUGAAUACUUCUACCGCAAGCAAUGUAGUUAAGUCACCAGAGCAAACAGUGGCAAAAACCGAAGCGAAUAGAGCAGCAGAAAGCACUACUGCAGCCACAACCACCUCAUUUGCUACGAAAACACCGCAACCGACAGUACCCGUUAAAAAGACAACACCUACAUCCAAAACUACACAAAGGCCUGCAAUCAAGACCAGUGUAAAACCCACACAAAGCACCAUUAGGCCCACACUAAAACCAUCACAAAAGCCAGUCGAAUUGAAGUUCAAACCAAAAUCGACACAGAGACCGACCGAGAAGUUGCACAAAACCACCACUGCCCGACCUCUAAACAUCACCCAAGUGGAGUUAGAAAAUACAACGGAAAAGAAGAAAAAUGGUUUACUGACUGCGCUGUUGGAUGGGCUCUCCGAUAUGCUCAACUCCGAAAGUGUGUUCAACGCCACUCAAAAUAAAGUCUCCUCGAAAAACACGUCUACUACAAGUACGACAACGAAACGACCGAAGGACCAAAUUGUAUUGCCCACACCAAAGCCCAAGCCCAUGCCUUCAUUUAAACCGUUACCCACAGGUAAACCGUCACACAUACGAAUAAACUCGAAGAUUGCAAAUUUAACUGUAACCCCCGAAGUUGUCAAAACGAGUAUUGCACCAAAUGUAACCGCUUUCAAACCGCUGCCAGAGCAAACGUUCAAGUCCCCAGUUGUGCUAGCGUCCACUCAAGCACCAGCGACAACCACAACAACAUCCCAUACCAGUACGAGUGUCACUUCCACUACGACACCCAAGACCACAACAACUGAAAGACCCACUUCUACCACUGGCAGCACGACAACUAUGACGACUACAACAACAAGCACUACUACUACUAGUAGCACGACAUCAACAGUACCACCGAGCAGCAGCGUCAAGCCAGUGCUAAUAAACACAAAUCCCACCAUUUUAGAGUCGGAUCCUUUUGACGCCAACGCUGAGCCCACUUUGCCUCCCAGUCUGCCAAAUCUAAAGAUAAUUCCUUUCCUUCCCACGGAUGCCGUGAAAGCCGACCGCAAUAAGCCACUUUACGACUAUUAUCAUAGCAACGCACCGACAGCGAAAAUCGACUACGAUCAAUAUGACGAAGGUAGUAUUUACCCAGCCAUCACUGAGCCACACUUUCCCAACUAUCCAGACAUAGUGGAUGGCAGUAAGGCGGAAUAUAUCUACAAGUUCAAUGUGGAGGGCCCAUCACCGCCGGUAAUGUCGUCGACUGCAGGUAAAUCGGACGGUUCAAGUGGAAGUGCUGCUGCUUUCGUUAAAUACGACUUUGUCGGAGCACCUGAGGAGCACAAAGGCUUCUCGCCUCCAACAGAAACCGAAGGCGGUUUCGUGCCCAAAGAUCCGCUCGGGCUGAGUGAUGCUAACGAGCAGGUUGAUGCGCUGCCCUACGUGGAACCCAGCUACCAAGUAACGAAGCAUUUAAUUGACAUAACCACAAGUGAACCACUCAGAGAUAAUACGACAAAGGUUAUUGAAAUAACCACACCCGACCCAUUUAAGGAUGUCAUAAGAACUGAGCAGCCGCCCGAUCUGACUUCCCUUAUAGAAGAUAAAGAGAACAUAUUAGUGCAGAAGCCUAUACAACUACAGCCUCCUAAAUUGUUUGUAGACCCCGAGAACCUAAGCCAGUCAGUCAUACAUAUUACCACUGCGGUACCACAAUUAGCUAACGCUUUAGACGACGAACAACCAUUACCUACUACAUUUGAGGAGUCAUCUAUUGCACAAAAAGAUUCGAGACAACCAAAUGAAGAUCACAAAAACACUAUCGCGUCCUUUUUGGAUAUUCUUUUGGGUGGCGAACCCGAUUUAGCUCAGGCUCACAUUGCAAAUAAUUUGAACGCGAGCAGUAGCACAGUGCCACCUUUCAAAACUUUACCUCAAGCUUCGCUGGAACUUUUGCCAGACCUUGCUACCACAUCCACAACUGUAAAGCCAAAGAGAGUUACACCAACAACAGCGAAAGUACCAACAAAACCAACGGCAACAAACAUUACGAAACGUAUCACAAGCACAGUUAAGACAAACGUUAUUGCUUCCACCAAAUUGAAUGGAACUGUCUCCACGGCCAACAACAAUACAAAAACUAAACCAAAACCCAAAACACCCGCAUCACAUAAAAGCAAUGCGGGCACCACAUCCACAUCAAUUGCAGCAAAAAUUUCAUCAACGACGCGUCCGAAAAGUACACGACCAAAAUCGGGAUCGACACGCCGUCAAACAACAAAGGCACCCAUCGCUGUAGCGGUGAGCCAAAAGCGAAUGAAUGGCACAAUGCCGUUGCGUAACCCCAACAACAGUGUUACUACCAGUGCGCCGCCAGCAACAAGCACACAUAGCAUGCCGCCCACAAACAAACCGUUACAGCGUUCACCUUUUGACACGCUGCCCUUCAUGGACACCAGCUUUGAGGUUAAGCGCACCACCGAACGUCCAUUCGUUGUCGGACAACACGCCGAUGGCGACCUUUCAGGUCUGCUGCAAUAUAAGAACUCACUGAAUCAGUACGAGGGACUGGAACCGGCACGCGGCAGCUCUCAGCAAAGCGCAUCUUCAUUCAGCGGCAGCGUAACCGAACCGACGAUUACAAGCACAACGACGGCGACCAAUGUACCGUUAGUGCAAAGAAACAUCGAACAAAUCAUAUCGGCAGCAGCGUCGGCACCACACGCUUUAGACGCGCCCACAGCGGCCAAUCCGCUGGAAGUGCAGCACACCGCCUCCAACAGUCUCAUCGACGCGACGGGUGCACUCAAGUUAGCCGGCUGCAACAUCUACGGACGCAUGUAUCGGGUGGGUCGCAUCAUACUGGAGCUGUCCAGCCCAUGCUUGGAAUGCAAAUGCACCGAGGUGGGCGUGAAGUGUGGCCAAUUGGACUGUUAGUUGGAAGUGGUUGGUUAGAAGAAUUAAGAUUGAU